UGGAGACCGGGAACUGUUGCUCCCGGAAGCGCUUUAGAGCGAGAAGAAGAAGGAAAUACAAUCAACGUACAACCUUUCGUGAAUCAAUUUGAUGGCUUAGAAUUAGAAGAGCAACGCAAGCGCCUUCCUAUUUAUAAAUAUCGGAGAGAACUUCUUUAUUUAGUGGAGAAUUAUAGAACUACCGUUAUAGUUGGAGAGACGGGAUGCGGAAAAACUACGCAAAUACCACAAUAUUUACAUGAAAGUGGUUGGACAGAAGGUGGGCGUUGCGUGGUUUGCACGCAACCCAGAAGGUUAGCAGCAAAAAUAGUAGCAAAACGCGUUGCAGAAGAAAUGAAGGCCACGUUGGGCUCCGAAGUUGGCUAUGGCGUUCGCUUCGAUAACUUUUUCAAGCCAAACUUUACACGUAUAAAGUUUGUUACUGAUGGCGUUCUUAUAAGAGAAAUGAUGCUCGAUCCCCUGCUUUCUGGCUAUUCUGUUAUUAUGGUUGACGAGGUCCACGAAAGGGGCGUUUAUACAGACUUACUUUUGGGUCUCGUCAAACAAAUAAUGAAGCAAAGAUCCGAACUUCGCUUAUUGGUGGCUUCCGCAACUCUCGACGCUGAAGAGAUUGCAGAAUUUUUUAAUACAAGUAAAAGUAAUGAACCUCCUUCAAGCGCUAUACUUUCAGUGGAAGGAAGGAUGCAUCCUGUUGACGUUUUUUAUCUGCAAAGCCCCGUUCCAGACUACGUUAUCGGUGUAGUCGAUGCGAUUUCUAAAAUACAUCAAUCAGAACCUAGUGGUGAUAUUUUGGCUUUUUUGACUGGUCAGGAUGAGGUUGACAGGGUCGUGGAUAUAAUAAAAGAAAAAGCGACUUCUGGGGAGCUUACAUCGAAAUAUUUAUUAAAAGUUUUUCCAUUGUAUUCAGCUUUACCCUACGAACUUCAAGCCAACGUCUUUCAACCAGUCCGCUCGCACGUGAGAAAAGUUAUUGUAGCCACUAACGUUGCGGAAACUUCAGUGACAAUCCCUAACAUUGUUUACGUGGUGGAUUGCGGAUUCGCAAAAUUUAAAGCUUAUGAUCCUUUAAAUGGCGUAGAAACUCUUGUAGUGGCUCCAAUAUCGCGAGCUUCAGCCAUUCAACGCGCUGGUCGUGCUGGACGUGUAAAGGCGGGAAAAGUCUUUCGACUUUACACUGAAAAUUCUUAUCGAAGCGAACUGCCAGCGAGGACGCCACCCGCCAUGCAGAGGACGGACUUGGCUCAAAUAUGUCUUCAGCUGAAGGCGUUGGGAGUUGAUAAUAUUGCGCGGUUCGAUUUUUUAUCGCCACCCACACCGGACGCGCUGAUUCGCUCGCUCGAUCUCUUAUAUUCUCUAGGCGCUAUCGAUGAUACUUGCCAAUUGACGUCUCCUUUGGGCGAGCAAAUGGUUGAACUUCCAAUUGAUCCCAAACUUUCAAAGAUUCUUAUUGUUUCUGGCGAGUUUGGCUGCAGCGAAGAGAUUUUGAUUGUUUCUUCGAUGUUGCAAAUUGAAAACGUGUUUUUUUCACCUCCCAAUUCUCGAAAAGAAGCCCUUCGCAAAAAAAUGCAGUUUGCUUCUCAAGAAGGCGAUCAUUUAUCACUUAUAAACUUAUUUAAAGCUUUUGAAAAAUAUGGAAGCCCGAAUUGGUGUUCUCGAAACUUUAUAAACCGCCCUGCAAUGCUGAGAGCUUCAGAAAUAAGAAAGAAGUUAUUAAAGCUUUUAAGUCGUUUUAAGAUUCCCCUUGUCGCCUGCAAAAAUAACCACGUGGUUAUUUUGAGAAAUAUUCUUACUGGCUACUUUCCAAAUGCUGCAAGACUUAAUGCUGACGGGACUUACGAAACUGUAAGAGGAAAACAAACUUUACAUAUUCAUCCUUCUUCGGUUUUGUUUGAUGAGAAGCCACCCCUCUGGAUUAUGUUUCAUGAAAUUGUCUUAACUGAUCGUUCCUACGCGAGAGACGUGAGCUGCAUAGAAUAUGAAUGGCUACCUGAAUUAGCUCCACAUUUUUAUGAAUAUAACAAAUUCAUAAAAGUUGAUAAUAAAGAUUUGAAGAUUUAA